UAUAUACCAGUAGCAUUAAUGUCCGUCAUGAAUCGUUUAUUUCUGUUCUUUAUGUUUGGAUAUUUGUAUACAGUAUCGCAAGCGCAAACUUUGCAAGAUUCGAAAAAUGUCCUCACUUAUAUCAUGAAUGGAUAUGAAAAACAUCUUCUUCCGAAGGAAAACGCAUCAAGUCCUGUCGAAGUCAAACUCGGGUUUUGUCUGUUUACUGUAAAUGGUUUUAAUGGUGUCGACGAAACGUUAUCUUUGACUGGCGGACUUUCUAUGAGAUGGAAUGACGUCUCUUUACAAUGGAACCCAGCAAGUUAUGGCGGUGUUACUAAUCUUGUUUUAGACAACUCAAAAAUAUGGCAUCCUUAUAUCUUUCUCGUGAAUUCUCCAAAUGAAAUGAAACCAUUCGGUUACGACACAAACAACGUUCUUACUGUUUAUAGUUUUGGAAUGGUGGCAUGGUUUCCCGGUGGCGUGUUGAAUGCAAAAUGCUCUACAGACUUUACAAAAUUUCCGUUUGACACACAAGUCUGUACUCUGGAAUUUCAACCAUGGGGAACAUCAGCUCUGGAUAUCACAUUAUCUCCGCUUUUCGACUAUGUAAUAAUGGAUUACUUCUCAACAAACUCUGAUUGGAUAGUAAAAAGUCGUUCGUAUGUGGAGGUGACUUCUAUAUACUCCAUAAAGUUUAACGUUGAAGUAACUUUAACACGUCGUCCACUUUACUAUGCUGUAAUGUUAGUUGUACCGACUUUAUCGUUCUGUAUUCUGAAUCCAUUAGUGUUCGUGUUGCCGCCAGACUCAGGAGAGCGUGUAUCUUAUGCAGUGACUAUCCUAUUAUCAUAUGCUAUAUUUUUGACAAUUGCUUUGUCGUCGCUUCCAACAUCAUCUGACCCCUUGUGCACUCUCCUGCUUGUCAUGAUACUCAUUAUAGCGAUCAGUGGUAUGAUAGUAAUAUUUGUAAUCAUAUCAAUGCGUUACUACCACACAGAAACAUUCAAGCCGGGAAAGUUAGCUGCGUGUCUGAUAAAAGUUUCAAGGUGUACGAAUAAAGUCCAAGAUGCUGUGAUAGAAUAUGAGAAAGACGACACACUAGAUUUAAAAUACAAUAUUUCAGGAAAAGAAUAUGCCCAUCUCCUGGAUCGAUUCUUCAUGACUCUAUCGUACUUUUUACUCAGUAUGUUCCUUGUCAUGUACAUUUGUGUUGUUUUUAUGUAAAACAAAAAAAGGGGGUGGAAUAUUCGUAGUAUUAGAAGUAUGUCAGUUUCAGCCUACAGCGCAUUACAAUGUAUCUGAAUAUAAAAAAAGAUCCGGAAGAUGUCAUAUUGGGGCCCUUUAUAGUUUGGUGUUAGCCAAAGCUCCGUGUUGAAGGCCGUACUUAAACUUAUAAAUGUUUACUUUUUGCACACUGUGACUGUGAUUGAGAGUUGUCUCAUUGUCACUCACACCACGUCUUCUUUUUGGCAAAGCAAUAAUCAACGAAGGACGAUGCAAAAAAUUUAAGAUUUGCCCAGAUAUCCGUUAGCAGAAAAACCGAAUAAGGUACAUUUCCAACAGCACCACUGGUUCUAGUCUGAUGUCCAGUAAUAACAAUUUUAUUUCAAAUUUAACAUGAUUAUCUAUUUUUUUUAUCCUCGACAAUGAAAUAUAAUUUGAGAUGUAAUAAAUGGUUCAUAAAUCAACGAAAAUUAAUGAGCGAAAUCAAAUAUUCAGCUAUAAAACCAUUUAAAUAGUUAAAACUAAUAUUUUUAUAAUAGCUCUUAAAAAAACAAUUAAACCGUGUCUACUUCUAACACGUGUUAUUAAGUUUGGACGUCAACUUUAUGUAAGCUCUACGAAUAAAACACUUAUAUGAUUUAUUUAUUGUUAGCAUACGUUAUAUACUAUAAAUGUCCGCCAUGUGACUUGGAAUCAUUUAUUUUUCCGACGUAGUCGGUAUAGUUUUGGUUUGUGACCUUUGAAGAGGGGGGGGCAAGGGGUUUAACUGUUAUGCUGUUAUGGGGCAUUUUAAUUCUUUGUUAUCUGUUAUUCUGAAAAUAUAUUUACUGUUAGCUGUUAUUGUCUAAUUCUUUGUUAGCUGUUAUAGAUAUAGGAAGAUGUGGUGUGAGUGCUAUAGGACUAUUUUCUAUUUUGUUUUCUGUUAUUGUGAAAAUCUAUUUGCUGUUAACUGUUAUUGAAAAUUUUAAUGUUAGCAUUUUGACAGCCAAUUUACCGUAUAAAUUGAAGCUAAUUAAAAAUUGUGAUUUGAAUGGAUAAUAGUCUCAUUGGCACGCUUACCACAUUUUCUUACAAUGUAUAACUAUUAUGGUCUUUCUACUGGUGAUAUCGGGUGGCCCUGUAUUUGCAGAAGAAUUUCAGUAACAUACAUCACAUAAACAUAUAAAAUCAAUUGG